AUGGGUCAACUCGGUGACAUCUCGCCUCAGGGCACCAUUGCUAUUGGCAUUCUCGUCGGCCUCAUAUCCACCUCUGUCCAAAGCCUGGGUCUGACCCUCCAGCGAAAGUCGCACCUCAUCGAGGAUGCGAAAGAUCAUUCCGAGCCGCGGAUCCCCCCUUAUAAGAGGCGGCGAUGGCAGUUAGGCAUGUUGAUGUUCAUCGUGUCCAACUUGGUGGGCAGCACUAUACAGAUCACCACGUUGCCCUUGCCUGUGCUCUCCACGCUCCAGGCGUCGGGGCUCGUCUUCAAUACCGCGUUUGCCACUCUUUUGCUGGGCGAACCAUUCACCCAUUUCUCUUUCGUGGGCACAAUCCUUACAUGUUCGGGUGCAGGCUUGAUAGCCACAUUUGGCGCCAUUGGCGAGCCGGCGCAUAAUCUGCAUCAAUUGCUCGUUCUUCUCGGCAAGCGCAACUUCAUCAUCUGGAUGGUUGGUACAAUGCUGGUGGUCGUGGCCACCAUCUUGUUCGCUCAUGUCUUAAAGAUGUGGUCGUCUCAUAAGCGGAUCGUUGAAAGUCUGCCAAAGAGCGAAAGACCCCGAGAAGGAUCAAUCAGUACUGACCGCGCUCGCCUCUCUCGGUCUUUCACCGCUCAACUACCUCAACCGCUGAAACUACGUGUCAGUCGUCUGCGGCUAGCUCGAGGCUUGUCCUAUGCUCUGAUCUCUGGCAUUCUGUCUGCGCAUUCUCUUCUCGUGGCCAAAUCCGCAGUGGAGCUCCUUGUCCGGACCAUUGUCGACCACAAAAACCAGUUCGACCGAUUUCAGUCAUGGCUCAUCCUGGUCGCGCUACUCUUCUUUGCCUUGACGCAGUUAUAUUACUUGCACCUUGGUCUUCGGCUAUGCAGUACUAGCGUAUUAUACCCCUUCGUGUUUUGCAUUUACAACAUUAUUGCAAUUCUAGACGGCCUGAUUUAUUUCCAACAAGGAUCGAGGUUGAGCUCUCUUCAUGCGGGGCUGGUGGCAUUGGGUACUGUUAUACUUCUUUCUGGAGUCCUGGCAUUGUCUUGGAGAUUGGAUGAUACGACACCCGCAGAAGCGCCUUACCAGUCGCCUUCCCCACGAACUCCGCUGACACCAGGAAUGGGAAUUUUGCGGUCACCCGUGGACGAAAGAGCUCCGUUACUACCAGCUGGACGGAAGAGGAGCUACACGGCUGAUUCAAGACGAUCGGCCGACGAGCAGGAGCCCCUCAAUGUUAGCCGCGCUCGCCCGCCUACGCUUGCAGUUUAUGCACCGCCUGAUACUGAUACAGAGGGUAUCUGGGCAGAGUUGGACGACCAGGAGCGCCAGGACGAUUACCUCGCAUCUCUGCCUCGAACACCAUCUCCGUUCCUGACCCAAAACUUCAAGACACGUCAAAGAGGCGACUCGGCAUCCUCGCACGCUAUUUCAACGGGAAGUGCUCACGACUCGGAGCCGUCAGUCGUUCCUACGAACGAUCAAAAUAAAUCGUUUCAAGGGGCAAAGGAUGUCCAUCGAAGGCGAAGCAGUGCCCCAGGAACUGCUAGGCGCGAAACGACUCAGUCUCGUCCUCACACUCGUCACCGGAGUACAUCCGUUCGAUUUGUCGACGAUAGAGGCCCGGAAAAUGCUGGUAGCGACGGCGAUCAAAUUGGACGACAGCCUGUUCGUAGUCGAUAUGAUCACAGUGGCACCAAAGACAAAGCAGAAAAUGGACCUUGA